GACUUGGUUUGCCUUUGGAAGGGCCACAAAGCUCCCACAAUCUGCGGCGCUUCUCUUCUUUCUUCAUCCACACCAGUAUUGGUUUCCCAAGGACCCUCAAGAGUCAGUAACAGUCGCUGAAACUGGUAUUCUCCAGCAUCCUCACAAUCAGAACUCUCCUCUUUCCAAGCUCCCUCCCUCUUUCUCUUUCUCGCUCUGCCACAUCAACCAUGGCUUUGACUGUUCUGUCCUUGCGGCGUCUGCUGAUGAUGCUGCUAUGGAUGGCGGCCUCUGCUGCCAACUCGUUGGACGUAAUGUACCCUGAGAACUUUCCUUCGAACGUAACCCUCCGAGCGGCGGUCCUGACUCAUGCGGAACCCUUUGCCAUGCGGAAUGAACUGACGGGUGAGUAUUCGGGUCUUCAGCCAGACUUGUUGGAACGGAUAAAGAUCUUUGCCCAACAAGAUGGCGUCGAGUUGAACAUUGUCCUCGAAGAAGCACCUCUCUACGGCUAUGUCGUCAUGUUGGAUCGACUGAGCGACAAUUGCAACACCACGGUCAAUCCGCAACCGCUGGAAGAAUGCACCAAGUACGAUUUCUUGAUGGGCGAUUACUACACCAACCCAGAUCGAUCUCUUCGCGUCGACUUUGCGCCUCCCUUUUUGCGAACUGCCGUCUCGGCCAUGCAGUACGUCUUUCGUCAAGUUCAACCCGGAUCGAUCGACGUGACAACACUCGACGAAGCCAAUCAAGCCAAUGCCACUAUUUGUGUCCUUCACGAUUCCUACAUGGACGCGCUCGCCAUGGAAAAUUACCCCGACGCCACCUACCAACGCUGCGAAGAAACCGCCGACUGCAUCGCCAUGCUCAAAGACAAUCAAUGCGCACUCUUCGUAGACGACGAACUCCAACUGCGCCACCGGGUGGUGGACGACCCUACCUUGCAAGUCACGCAGGAAAGUCAAUUCAGUCAAUUCAUUGCCUGGCCCAUGCGGUCCACAUUGGAUCCCGUCGUGAAAAAACUCCUUCAGCGAUGGAUGUACGCCGCCAAGAGCAAUGCGACGCUGGACGCACUCUUUGACAAGUACUUUUCCGUCAAUCUGUGUCCCGUCGGCAAGGCCGGACCCGACUGCGAUCAACCCUGUCAUCCCGGACAUGGACGGAGCGAUCGGAUGGGAGACUGCAUUUGUGAAUCGACCAAAUGGGUCGGGGACGACUGUAGCGUCGAAGUGCUGGAAGAUACCAGGGGCAUUCCUUCCGCUCUGCGCACCGUGGGAUACGUCUUGGUGGGCGUCAACGGGGCGGCUGUACUCGUUUCCUUGGUGUGGUUGUUUUGGAAUCGCAACACGCCUCAAGUCCAGGUGGCGCAGCCGUUCUUCCUCUGCCUAGUCCUGCUGGGUUGUCUCAUAUCCACGUCGACCAUCAUUCCCAUGGCACAGGAAAACUUGAAUGGAGAUGUCAAUGAAGACAACUUUUUCAAUGUACACAAGGCAUGCAUGGCCAUUCCGUGGUUGUACAGCGUGGGAUUCUCCAUUACCUUUGGAACUCUCUUUGCCAAGAUACGAAGAGUCUACCUCUUGUUCCAACAAACCACGUCCACUCGCAAAAUUAGUGUCGGCAUCACGGAAACCGUGGGUGUCAUUGGGAUUGUCUUGAUGCUCGAUGUGGCCAUCCUAUUGGCAUGGAGCCUCGUCGAUCCCUUGCGAUGGGAGCGAACCAUUCUCAUGACGGACAAAUACGGUUCUCCACUUUCCUCGGAGGGUCACUGCACAUGCGACAAUUGGCAGAUCUUCACGGGGCUCAUUGCUGCCUUUCACUUUACACUCCUGGGAUUGGCUUGCUACCUAUGUUAUGUCUCCCGUGAUAUCCCUACCAAGUUUUCAGAGGGAAAAUAUUUGGCUGUGGCCAUGAUCUCCAAUCUACAGGUCUUUGUGGUCGCUUUGCCAGUAUUGGUCAUUCUGGGGUCCGAUCCCAAAUCAAGCUUCUUUGUCCGUAGCAUCAUCAUCGCCGUGAAUGACUUUAUGGUGAUUGCGUUGAUCUUUGGCAACCUCAUGUACUCUCUGUGGUACGAUCGUAGCCACAACGUGGACAGUCAGCAAGCCAUGCGAAGUGCAGCACAACAAUACUCCAUCCACAAAGCCUCCAAAGUGAGAUCUUCCUUUUCCAACUUUAUGAGUACCAAUUCCAACUUUACCCGUUCCGAGAAUCUUGGUGCAGUGGAGCAUCUUGCGCCAAUCUCGGAAACGAGUUCUGGAGACGAACCGCAACAACAGCCAUCGAAACAAUCCAAAAGCCUACGGAGUUCCACUAAGAGUACUGGUACGGCUAGCACUGCUGUCCCAAAGAAGAGAGAACGUGCCGCCGAUUCGUGGGGAGGGAUGGGAUUCAAGUCCACCGCGGAUGCUUUUGACGACGACAGCGAGGACGAAUUCGACGACGAGGAGCUGGGGGGCGCUACUCGAGAAAGGGAGCCCGACAAUGUGUCCGUCACUCCUUCGCAUAUGUCGUAUGCCGAACAACGCAUCGCUCGACUACGGGAAUCACAAGCGAGAAGUCUGGCGGAAAGACAGGCCAGCAGAAACAGGCUGCCACCAAAAGAAUGAAUCGGGUCGACACGUAUGCAUAGUUGGGGUCAUUGCCGCCGGGUGCAAUGAAUGCACGGGAUUGGUAAUAGCAUUGUCAAAACUUCUCGACACUUAUAGGUUGUAUCUUUUCUGGCAGUUAGCACACAGUCUAGCUAUAAUCCACUUCAGGAAGCUGCUUCGCCCUUCGUCAAAGUUAGCCAGAAAAGUACCGGUAUGAUGGCAAACCCAAUUUGAAGAGUAGUGAGG